UCUUAAAUGAUAUAAACUUCUGGAAAAUAAUUUUAGUACACAUAGUGAUAUUUACUGCUAAAUCUGCCUAAAAAUGAACUUGGUGAAUGGUUUUAUAAUCUGUUAGUUAGUUAAAAGAGGAGUAUGUGGGAGCUAAAGCCGCAGCCAACGGACAGAAGGACAAAGACUGGGCGUCGACAAGGCCAGACUCCCUCACCUCCAGAGAAAGGAAGCAAGCUGAUUGAAGCCCCAGGUGAUCCGAGUUGUACUUCCCGUCAAGGAGGCCUGGUUGGAGACCGGACUGCGGGGACAUUGAUCACUGGAACCUUCAACAGGUAGGUACAAUUUUGAAACCGUGUGGCCAAGAUGGGAGUCAGUGUUACCAGGCACGAAAUACUAGUCAGAGGAAAACCGACUGAAGUUUUGAGCCUCGGACAGUCCUUAAAUGAAAAUCCAGAAAAUGUCAUACUCAUCAUUCCAGGUAACCCUGGAGUGGCUUCCUACUAUGUCAAUUUUAUGCAGACCAUCUAUGCUAGCCUAAAAGACACACACUCUGUGUGGACCAUCUCUCACGCGGGCCACUGUCACACCUCUCACAUCUCUGCUUGGCCAGAUAACAAUCAUGUCUACGAUCUUGAAGAACAAAUACAUCACAAGAUAGCAUUCAUCCAAGACCACAUUCCCCAGCAGGCCAAUGUUACUCUUAUUGGACAUUCUAUUGGUUGCCAAAUCAUACUCAAAAUCCUAAAGUAUUUUGAAUCAAAUUCUGAGGUAACAGUUGUCAGGAGUUUCCUCCUAUUUCCUACAGUAGAGAGAAUGAAAAGCACCCCCAAUGGAAAGUGUUUUUGGCCAAUGCUGAACUACUUACGUUGGUUUAUUAUAUUCUUGACAGCUUGCCUAUGUGUAUUGCCAGUGAAGGCGAGAGAGAAAAUGCUUCGGUGUUAUUUCCGAGGCAGAAAAGUAGCAGACUGCAGUGUUCAGGCCACCAUACAACUGUUUUCCCCCAAAGUGAUACAAAAUGUCUUGUGGAUGGCUUACAACGAACUUGUGCAAGUUUGUGAAGUUGAUGCAGAGACCAUAAACAAACAUAAGGAUAAAAUAGUAUUUUACUAUGGAGCCACAGAUGGCUGGUGUCCACAAGUGUACCGAGAUGAGCUCAAGUUAAAAGUUGAAGGGGUAAAUGCUCUUCUCUGUAAGGAUGGAUAUCAACAUGCUUUUGUUUUGGAAUUUUCAGAACCAAUGGGGCAAAAGAUAGUGGAAUGGGUCAAGUCAUGAAAUGAUAUUGUAAUGUUCGAUUAUGUUACGUUGUUGAGUAGAUUAGAUACACAGUGUUUAAUGGGUUUUCAUAUUUAUUUAGUCUUGGAUACAGCAGUGUCUUAGACGUUGAGAUGGAGCUUGGAGCAGAGCAGAGCUGAGUGA